GGGGAAGUAGAGAAUAAUUUUCUUUUCUCUCUGUGCUUCCGUGGGGCCCUUGCUUAUUUUUCUCUCUUACUUUUCCCUUAUAUCAAAUUUCUUUCUUCUCCCCUUGUUCUUCUGAGCAGGGGGAGUGAGAGAGAAAGGUUGCGGUGGAGUUCACCAAAGGAACAUAAGACAGACCACUUGUCAGGGCAAGGCACACGCUGCAGAUCCUGCUCCUGCUGAGAUUCACUGGCAUUCUUAUCUUUGGAGAUUUUCUGGGAUUUUGUGUGAUUCUUCUUAGAAAUGGACAACUCUGUUCAUCAAACAACACGUUGCUUCACUCCUACAGACUCGCCACAUGCUCACUACCAUGUGCCAAAGGAUGUGGACAGCACAGCGCUGGGCAGCACAGCAGAGCUCUGUGGCUCCUCAGCAAACAGGAGGGUCGGUCUCAGCAUGCACCGCGGGUAUCUCGUCCUCACUGCCUUCCUGGGGCAACUGCUGGAAACCAUGGGACAGGUGUCCGUCACCCAGCAAGAAGGACAAGUCACCGUGGAGCAGGGAAACACCUUCCAGACAAAUUGCACAUACCAGAGCUCCACAUUCGAUGCGUUGUUCUGGUACCAGCAGAAGAAGGGACAAGCCCCUCAGCUGAUUUCUUAUCAAGCAGGAAAGGGCACCAAGCAGAAGGACCGUUUCACCACAGAGCUGAACACUGAUGGGAAGCACAGUGUUCUGCGGCUGAAGAAAGUUGAGCUCUCUGACAGCGCCUUGUACCUCUGUGCUGUGAGAUUACCUUGUGCCAAUCAGGGAUAUGUGAAACUGGCAUUUGGAGCUGGCACCCAACUUCUUGUUACCCCAAAUGUUGUUCCAUCUCCUUCGGUCUACAGGCUGACCACUAAAGAUGAUGAGGAUUUGGAAAUGUGCCUUAUCACAGAUUACGCCCCUGAAAACCUUAAUGUUAAAUCAAACUCAGCUAAUAGUAGGACUGAAGCUGUUGUGGAGGUGGCAACAUCCGAGAAUAAACAGGAAGCAAGCUACCUGACAACCUACUGGGCCAAGAAGGAUAAAAUGGAGUGCGAUGCAGAGCACGAGAGAUUUGGAAAAUUAGAAGGAAAGGAUCCUGAAAGUGGUGCCUCCACUGUCUGUGUUACAGGGAUGUCACCACACUUCAGGACAGAUGAAAACCUGAACAUGCUGUCUUUCACACAGCUGGGCCUGAAAAUAAUUUUAAUGAAAGCAGUAAUUUUUAAUGUGGUGAUGACAAUCCUUAUGUGGAAGAAAAAAGAAUGAAAGUAACCGGUGAAGACCUAAGUACCAAAAAAAUCUGCUGAGAAUCUUUACAGGAGCAUCGGGUGCAAGAGGGAACACAGGCCAGGCGUUCCUGUUGCAACAGAUAGCACAUCGUGUUUUCUGUACAUCAAACCAGUCGUUAUAGUCUAAAUUGCUUUAUUUGCAUUUUAAAAAGCUACUCAGAGAUAUGCUUACAGUUCUCGGCAUUGUGCUCUCCCACAGAUCUGAUUCAUUUAGCAUGACAAUGACUUUUUUUAUUUUUGGCUGAAGAACAGAUUGCUUCUCAGAGUAUUCAUUUGCAACUGAAAUGGCAAAGAGAGUCUUAAUCAGGGUGCUAUGCACCAUGUCUUUCUGUCUUUUGCUGUCUGAGCAAGGUGUAUUCCUCCCUCUACCCCCACCCCAUCCCCCCAAAAAAAAGAAAAAAAAAAGCUGCUAGAUCUCCCAGAAGUCCUUAAGUUAGUGAAAUUCUUGCUUCUCUAUCACAGAAGAAUGCUUUUUGCCAUUUUUCAAAGUCUACCUGUCAUUUCUUUAGGCUUUUGGCUGCUAUUAAAUAAUCAUUACCAAUAAUAAGAAACUUGUUUGUCUUUUGUAUCUCUUGUUGGAGGAACUUGUUUUGCCCUUCAGAUGAGUUUUAGGAUCAGAGAUGGCCUUUGGGGUGAAGGAGGGAAGGGGUGCCAGGAAGAGCAGAACACAGCUUGGUCCCCAGGAACUGUUUGCAAUAAUGGGCUUGAUCCACUCCAGGGGAGCGUCUACAACCUCCUUUUUCAGGACAUCCACUUCCCCGCUGUUUGGGGGAGAACAUCGUGGCUGGCUUAGAGAGAGGAACAGAACCGUGCACAUCCCCUCCAAACCUAGGCACUGUGCUAUGUGAAGACAGUGGUGAAAUACAGCUUGCCAACAGUAAGAGGACUAGAAAGUGGUACAGGUUCCUGAAGGCAGUUGUCUACUCCUACGGGAAGCAUAGCAGUCUGUAAUAUCCUGCCCCUAAAUGUCCCCUGUUCUCAAGUUUCAUGGGAGAACAAGGUACCUGCUUUGCAUUAAUGACAUUACUGACAUUGACUGGUCUGAGUCUCCAAAUUCAGGCUCUCACAGUCUGAGGACUGGAAAGGAGAUGUUCUCCUUUUGUGACAAUGGUCUCUCCAUCUUC